UGAAUAUAGCACACGUAGCCUUCAUUAGCUUCAUGCGAUGAAUUGGAAAAAGUAAAUAUGGUUUACAGCUAUUAUACUGUUCCCGUGCGGAGAUUCUGUGGUUUUUAUUACAAUCUGCAAUAGCAUAUUUCGACCUAAAAUGUGCUGCGGACUAUUUUUGCUUUAGUGAUCCUUUACCAAUGUCAUGUCUGCUUAUUUACACCAGAUCCGUGGAUUCAUUUGAUGACUCUUUUUGUAAAGGAAAGUUUCUAUAACUUUUUGUUGAGAAAACUAUCAAAAUAUGUAUAUUUCAAACAAUGGUAUAAAUCUAGACUUAUGGACAGUUGUACGGUUUGCGUCUUUCACGCGACUGGUUUCCCUUCUUUUACAGGCGUUGCUGAAUGCAGCGAUUCCAGACCAUGUGGCAGAUGCUUUCAGUCCUCCACGCGCAGAGAUCCCUCUCCUGCUUGACCCCAUCAUUAAAGUAUUGUUCGGUGGCCUUAGUCACUGGGAUGCAGAGCAUUUCCUCUUCAUUGCAGAACGAGGUUAUGUGUAUGAGCACAAUUUUGCAUUUUUUCCUUUGUUUCCUGUCAUCCUGCGAUUAGUGGCAGACACUUUGCUGUGGCCCCUUAAUGGAUUCCUCACAUUGCAUGGACGCUUAAUUUUUGCAGUGGCCAUUGGAAAUAGUGCGCUUUUUGUCCUAAGUGCCAUGACACUAUACAAACUGAGUCAUCUGGUGCUACAGGACAGAAAACUUGCUCUUGUCACUGUACUAAUGUACUGUCUCACGCCCGCCAAUGUUUUUAUGGUUGCAGGCUAUUCAGAGACUCUCUUUGCAGCCCUCACCUUUGCAGGCCUCUGGCAACUAGAGAAAGGAUUCACUCUAGGAGCAUGUUUUCUGAUGACAUUUGCCACUAGUGCUCGUGCCAAUGGGCUUCUGAAUGCUGGAUUUUUGCUGUAUCUCACACUGCAGCAGGGUUUUGCCUAUGCUUGGGCUCUUGGCAAUGGAGCUGCAGGGAGUGGUAGAUUUCAUCACUAUGCCUGGGCGCUUAUUCGGUUUUUGCUCAGAGGAGCAGUUUAUACUGCUCUUGUGGCUCUGCCAUUUUGUUUGUUUCAGUUUUAUGGCUUCCAAACAUUCUGCCAUCCAAAUGUUACACAGGACCAGGUUCCUCCUGUCCUGCUUAAUCUGGCCCAGAGCAAAGGAUACCGUGUACCUGACGUGUCCUCUCCAACACCAAGCUGGUGCCAGUGGCGAAUUCCACUUCUGUAUUCCUACAUCCAAGAUUUUUAUUGGGAUGUGGGCUUCCUUCGAUACUUUCAGUUGAAGCAGAUACCCAAUUUCAUCUUGGCACUGCCUGUUGCUGCUCUGGGCUUCAUAGCCUCUUAUUCGUACAUUUUGAAAAACCCAGUUUUAUGUAUGUAUCUGGGGUUGGGAUAUCGUAGAAGGACAGAUAAAGACAGAAAAACGCACGGUUUCUAUAACCCCAGAGUCUUUGUUUACAUCGUACACAAUUUUGUCCUGCUGCUGUUUGGAAUAUUCUGCAUGCAUGUCCAGGUGUUGACACGGUUUCUUGCUGCAUCCUCACCUGUGCUCUACUGGAUCAGUGGUCACCUGCUUUUUCAGAAUGAACCACUGCUGCGAGAUGAAAAGCCAUUCACCCAUGACCCAAGACAACAGAAAAACGAUCACUUAAAACAUGUAUUAAGAUGUUUUGCUGGGAUCAACAGAAAUAAUCCAAUUAUUUACCUUUUGAUGCACUGGCAGAUUUGCUCCUUUUACACACGCUGUAUCCUGGGGUACUUCAUAUUAUAUUGGUUUUUAGGUCUGGCUCUGCACUGUAACUUCCUGCCCUGGACUUAAUCACUUCACUGGACAAAACUGAAGGGCUUGAUUUAUUAUUCUUAACAUUCCAACAGCCAUUUGAAUAAUGUGUACUCAGCUUGACAAAUAUUGUGGUAAAUACAUUAUUUCAUGAUCAAAAUAUGUUUUAUGGUUUUCCUAUGUUGGAGUAAAACAAUUUUUUUUGAAUAAAUAUCCUUCCUGGACCAUUUUGUUUAUUAAAGAUAAAGAGAUUAGAAACUAUUAAUAAAAAUUGCUGGUGUGGAAAUUUUUUGGGCUAAAUCUACACUAUUUUUUGUGCUUGAGUAAGAAGUUAUUGUUUUACCACAUGCUCUAAAAUAUCUAUUUGUAAAGAAUUCAGCUGGCAAUUUACAAUUCACUUCAUAAAGCAGUACAUUUACCAACACAUAAGGCCAUAACCAUGUCUUUAACCUUUUUUUUUUUAUAUUAUAUAUUGAAUAAUAUA